GGAACAUGGCGCAAGCUCUGUCAGAAGAGGAGUUUCAGCGGAUGCAGGCUCAGCUACUAGAACUCCGGACAAACAACUACCAGCUUUCAGAUGAACUACGCAAGAAUGGUGUUGAACUCACCAGUCUUCGACAGAAGGUUGCCUACCUGGAUAAGGAGUUCAGCAAAGCUCAGAAGGCACUGAGCAAGAGCAAGAAAGCUCAGGAAGUCGAGGGGCUGCUGAGUGAAAAUGAGAUGCUUCAGGCAAAGCUGCAUAGCCAGGAGGAGGACUUCCGCUUGCAGAACAGCACGCUUAUGGCCGAGUUCAGCAAGCUCUGCAGCCAGAUGGAACAGCUGGAGCGGGAGAACCAGCAACUGAAGGCUGGGGCUGCCAGGGCAGGGGCUGCCCAAGCUGGGAGCCUUGUGGAUGGGGAACUACUGAGACUGCAGGCGGAGAACACAGCCUUGCAGAAGAAUGUGGCAGCCCUGCAGGAGCGCUAUGGGAAAGAGGCUGGGAGGUCCCCAGCUGCCAGUGAGGGUGAAGGGGACCCCCCAGGGGGCCCAGCUUCCCCUGUCGUGGCCCCCAUGCCAUUGGCAGAAGUGGAGCUGAAAUGGGAGAUGGAGAAGGAGGAAAAGAGAUUGCUCUGGGAGCAACUGCAAGGCUUGAAGACCUUGAAGCAGGCUGAAACAUCCAGGCUGCAGGAAGAACUUGCUAAGCUCUCCGAGAAACUGAAGAAGAAACAAGAAAGUUUUUGCCGUCUGCAGACAGAAAAGGAGACACUAUUCAAUGACAGCCGGAACAAGAUUGAGGAGUUACAACAGCGGAAGGAGGCUGAUCUCAAAGCCCAGUUGGCUCGAACUCAAAAGCUGCAGCAGGAGCUCGAGGCUGCCAAUCAGAGCUUGGCAGAGCUGAGAGAUCAGCGGCAAGGGGAGCGCCUGGAGCAUGCGGCAGCUCUGCGAGCCCUACAGGAUCAGGUGUCCCUCCAGAGUGCAGAUGCGCAGGAGCAGGUGGAAGGACUUUUGACUGAGAAUAAUGCUCUGAGAACUAGCCUGGCUGCCCUGGAGCAGAUCCAAACAGCAAAGACCCAAGAACUGAAUAUGCUCCGGGAACAAACUGCUGGACUGACAGCUGAGUUGCAGCAGCGGCAGAGUCAGUAUGAGGACCUCAUGGGACAGAAAGAUGACCUGAACUGCCAGCUCCAGGAGUCAUUGCGGGCCAAUAGUCGGCUGCUGGAACAACUCCAGGAACUUGGGCAGGAGAAGGAGCAAUUGAUCCAGGAACUACAGGAGGCUCGGAAGAGUGCUGAGAAGCGGAAGGCCAUGUUGGAUGAGCUGGCCAUGGAGACGCUGCAGGAGAAGUCCCAGCACAAGGAAGAGCUGGGAGCAGUGCGACUACGGCAUGAGAAGGAGGUGCUGGGGGUGCGGGCCCGCUACGAGCGUGAGCUCCGUGAGCUGCACGAAGACAAGAAGCGGCAGGAGGAGGAGCUGCGUGGGCAGAUCCGUGAGGAGAAGGCCCGAACACGGGAACUGGAGACUCUUCAGCAGACAGUAGAAGAACUUCAAGCUCAGGUACACUCUAUGGAUGGAGCCAAGGGCUGGUUUGAACGGCGCUUGAAGGAGGCUGAGGAAUCUCUGCAGCAGCAGCAACAGGAACAAGAGGAAGCCCUCAGGCAGUGUCAGGAGCAGCACGCCAGCGAGCUGAAGAGCAAGGAGGAGGAACUACAGGGUGUGCAGGAGCAGCUCCGACAGGCCCAGGAGGAGCGGGACUGUCACCUGAAGACCAUCAACAGCCUGAAGCAGGAAGUGAAGGACACCGUGGAUGGGCAGCGAAUCCUGGAAAAGAAGGGCAGUGCUGCGCUCAAGGACCUCAAACGGCAGCUGCACCUAGAGCGGAAACGGGCAGAUAAGCUGCAGGAGCGGCUGCAAGACAUUCUCACGAACAGCAAGAGCCGCUCAGGGCUCGAGGAGUUGGUUCUCUCAGAGAUGAACUCACCAAGCCGGACCCAGACUGGGGACAGCAGUAGCGUCUCCUCCUUCAGCUACCGCGAGAUCUUGCGGGAGAAGGAGAGCUCAACUGUUCCAGCAAGGUCCUUAUCCAGCAGUCCUCAGGCCCAGCCCCCACGGCCAGCAGAGCUGUCAGAUGAGGAAGUGGCUGAGCUCUUUCAGCGCCUGGCAGAGAUGCAGCAGGAGAAAUGGAUGCUGGAGGAGAAGGUGAAGCACCUGGAGGUGAGCAGUGCGUCCAUGGCAGAGGACCUCUGCCGGAAGAGCGCCAUCAUUGAGACCUAUGUCAUGGACAGCCGGAUUGAUGUAUCUGUGGCAGCAGGCCACACAGACCGCAGCGGGCUGGGCAGCGUCCUGAGAGACCUCGUGAAGCCAGGUGACGAGAACCUUCGGGAGAUGAACAAGAAGCUACAGAACAUGCUGGAAGAGCAGUUGACCAAGAAUAUGCAUUUGCACAAGGACAUGGAAGUUCUGUCCCAGGAAAUUGUGCGGCUCAGCAAGGAGUGUGUGGGGUCCCCCGACCCCGACCUAGAACCAGGAGAAGCCAGCUAAAGACCUGCAGGCUGCACCCACUCCCUUCCUUCUGUGGCUCCCAGGACACCAUUCCCUUGGGCUGUGGUGGGAAAAUGGGGGCUGGGGCCAAUAUCAAAUAGGUUGGGAGACUGGACAUUAAAGGGGUUGGAGGCCUGAUGGCUGGUGUCAGUGACCCUGUCUUAGGGCUGAGGCCCCUGGGUAAUGGGGAAUCCUGAGGGGAGGGGCAGGGUUUUCUCUUCCUCCUUGGUCCUGGCUCCCAGGGGCCUUUGCCUUCAUCUCUGCAUGAGCUCUCCCUCCAAGAGACCAACUCUUUUUAAUUUAAUUUUAUUUUUUAAUUUAUGUCUGGAAGCCUGGAUACUCUGCAUUUGGGAUUGGGGAUGUUGGGUGGGGCAUGGUCCAUGUUCAGCGUUCUAGCAAUGUGUGUGUGUGUAACGGCUGUGCAGCCAAAAUACCAUCUGGCCAGAU